UUUUCCUGGAUUCCAUAACCAACGCGUAAAGCGCCGAGAAAAAAACCCCACCAAACCAAAACCAGAAGAAAACUAGAAACAGUUGCUUGCACGAUCUCUGAAGCAAAAUCCUUCACACCCAAAAAAGCAAAGAGCAAGAAGGAGUGGCCUUUACUCUCCUCUCUCUCUCUCUCUCUCUCUCUUCUCCUUUUACUUCCUCAUCGAGCAGGCCUCAUUCAUUCAUUCAUCCGUAACCUUUUUCUUCGCUUUCUGUUGAGUAGCAGACGAUAAAAAGGUUUUCAGGAUUUCUGUUCUGAGAUUCGUCUGAAAUAUCUCACUCCUUCCCAUGGAUGAUUUGAGUAUCAACUUGCCAGUGACCCGUGAAAUAACAAAACCAGAAGAGCGUAAUCCAAGAAGAAAUUCUACAGGGAAAAUAUUCUCGUUAAACACUGGAGAAAAAAUUCCUCGUUAUCUCAGAGCUUCUACUGGGUCCUGUCAUGACAAUUGUAAAUAUGGGAGGAAACAUGAAGAGGAAGUGAAGGCAAGAUGUCCUAUAAAGUCCGUACCAAGAAGGAUUCCAACAAAAUCACCUAGCACCCAAAAUUCAGAAGAAAGUAUGGUUAUUCCAGAGAGGGAGAAUCUCUCGGUGGUCAAGAUUAAACCCUCGCCGGAUUUGAAGACUCUUUUGCCUGAUUUGAAAACCCUUUUACCUGAUACCUGUAACGUUACCAAGCAGCUAGUGUCAAAAAAAUCGACUGACAGCCAAAGUUCUGUUGGGAGUGUGCCUCAGGCCGAGAGUAAGAAGACAUCAUCAGCCAAGUCGAAAUUGUCAUCCUGUUUGAAACCCCAUGUCAACGCUGCGCCUAAAACCAUGAAGCAGGAAGUUUCAUCCUCUUCUGACUCGUGUUCCAAACCCCAUAUCUCUGUUGCGCCUAAAAUCAUGAAGCGGGAAGUUUCAUCCUCUUCUGAUUCAUUUUCCAAAACCCAUGUCCCUGCUGCACCUAAAAUCAUGAAGCACGGAGUUUCAUCCUCUUCUGAUUCAUGUUCCAAACCCCAUGUCUCUGCUGCGCCUAAAAUCAUGAAGCAGGAAGUUUCGCCAUCUCCUGAUAAGCUGGAAGUCUCUUCAAAGAAUGGUUCGAUAGGACUGAAGGAAAAGAACUUGUCUGCAAAGCAUGUCACUUCUUCAAAGCGCAAAUCUUUGGCAGUGAAAGAGUUACCCUCUCCUGAUACCUCAGGAGGUUUAACUGCUCCAAGAAACCGUAAUUCAAUGAUAGGCCAAAGGACAGGGACCUCUUUCAAGAUAAAAUCUUCAGCUUUGAAGAAAGUGUCUUCUGAAUCUGCUGGGGGUUUAAAAGGCAAAUCAAACAGUGAUGGCAAGAUAGGCAAAGGGGCCGGAGCAUCCUUAGUGACUUUGAAAAGAGUUUUGUCGUCCCCAAGAGCAUCAUUGUCCACCAAACCUUCUCUCAGGAGAGUUGCAAGCUUAAAAGCACGGAAGAACAGGCCCGUGAACGUUGUGUCUCCUCUUAAGAACCAGAACAAGACCAGAAAAGCUCAACCUAAGCAAGUCAACAGUGAUGAGGUACAAGAGAAGACCUUGUAUGUCAUUAAGGUUGAGACAGAGAAUAGCAAAUCUCUGGAAUCUGAUCAAAACAGAAAUUGUGAAGUUGAACCAUCACCACGUUCAGCGUCGCCAACACCCAAGUCUGUAUCUGUCCAAAACUCUAUGUCCUUUUCAUCCCAUGAAGGAGAAGAUCAAGGGUCUGGAUAUACAAUGAGCGAAACAGAAGUUAGCUCUUUUUCAGAAGACAAUGAAGUUGACUAUAUUGACAAUGCAGAGAUCCUAGGCGAGGAUGGCAAAGGGAAACCCAGUAAGUCUGGGAUGGUUUGUUCUGAAGACAAGGAUGGCGAAACUUUAAAAUUCAGGAGGGGAAAGGUUGUCGACGUAAAAUUUGAGAAUUCCAAUCCAAGGAGGCUCAAAUUCAGGCGAGGAAUAGUGUUGGGAGAUAACCAAAAUGUCAAAGCUGUUUCCCUAAGGCGAAGCUUUAAGAAGAGAGGCGUCGGUGCUGAUAUAGUUAGUACCGAACCUGGUGCAGAACAGGUUGUUUUGAGACAUCAAGAUGUUCAGGGAAAGAGAGAUGAAAAAGGGUUGUUCAACAACGUGAUUGAAGAGACAGCAAGUAAACUUGCUGAAACCAGGAAGAGUAAGGUCAAGGCCUUGGUUGGUGCUUUUGAAACAGUGAUCUCACUCCAAGAGCACAAGCCUUCUGCAAACGCUGUCGCUUGAGCUGGGAAAAGAGUAUUGGAGUGCGAGAAUGUGAGUUAAACAGACUUAUGGAUCUGCAAAACCGUAAAGGUAGAUUGCUUCCAUUAGCGUUGGAUGGCCUCGACGCAGAUUUGAAUGCGAGUCUAGCAUGCUUAGAACUUAAGACACCUCCAUUGUUUUUUGUGGAGAGUACGCAUUUUCUUCCUUUUUCUCUUGAGUUUCAUACCAGAUGCAUGUUUGACUGUGAAUAAAACAACUACAUAUAAUCUAUUGACUAUCAUAUAUUGAAGGAGAGAAGAAAACUUGCAGAGCUGCUUGCUGAUUA